AUGUCAGAUAAAUCAAAACAACGUAGUGAAUAUUCUGAAUCAACAAGAAUUUCUAGUUCUGUCAAAUUACCCGAAUGGAAUGCUCAACAACUAAACCUUCUAAAAUAUAUUGAUAGAAACGUAGAGGUUAAAAUUAGAGAAUUUCAAGGUGAUGAAUGGAGGUUAAAUCUUCCUAUUCAAAUAGGAGAUUUAGUUCAUAAAUGCUUUUAG